AUGCCUCCACGGCGUUCCUCUCGCGCGCCAAGCGUCGCGCCAGAGACCUCAGAAACGCUACCAGCAAAACGAAAGCGUGGACAAUCGACUCAAUCAGAAGAGACGACUGCGAAACCCCCAUCUAGAGCUGGCAGCCGAGCAUCGACGAGCAAAGCACGUACAUCGGCAAGAACACGAAGCUCAUUGCCCGACGUGGUGGAAUCUGGUGACGAGGAGGAGGAUGUCGCACCAGCCAAGAAAAAGUCGCGACCCUCUGUUGAAGCAGACGUAAAGGAAGAAGAUGAGGACGAGGAAGCUGAGCCUCCUUCGAAGGGCAGGCGGCGCGGGAAGAUGGCUACUGACGAGCCCGAACCUUUACCCAAACGACGCACGUCUAGUCGUCAAUCCAGUGUUGGCCCAAGCAGACGACCCAGCGCCGCGUCGACUUCUCGACCAACGAGGAAAACCCGUGUAUCAUCGCUCGCAGAGUCAGUACCGGAAGAGGACGAAGGGGAGGACGAAGAGGAGGAGAAACCAAAGCCCAAACGCCGUGUUGGCCGCAAGGUGGUAAAGGAAGAGCCUGUAUCCGAUGAAGAGGCUCAAGAACCGGCGCAAGACGACGACGAUCGCGAGGAGGAUGUGGUAUCUACUCAGAAAGGCAGAAAGGGCAAGGCCCCAGCUCGUCAAACCAAGGGUGCAGCUCAGGAGAAAGUUGUUGUGGUUACGUCGGACGAAGACGACGACGACCUCACGCCUCCUCCGGCAUCGCCCUCAAAGGCCACGCCAAAGAAACCUGUUGCUGAGGAACCCGAACCUGAGCAGGAGGAGGAACAGUCGUUGCUCGACCCCCCUCCAAUGCCCGACCCAGCGACCCUCCCCAAAGUCAUGCCAGAGGAGCCUCAGGGUCCCAAGUCCCGCCUUGUUAUUUCGAAGAUGGCCCUUGUCAACUUCAAGAGUUAUGCGGGGCGACAAGAAAUCGGCCCUUUCCACAAGUCCUUCUCAGCUAUCGUCGGUCCCAACGGCUCUGGAAAAUCCAACACUAUCGACGCCCUGUUGUUUGUAUUCGGAUACCGUGCAUCCAAGAUGCGUCAAGGCAAGGUGUCAGAACUCAUUCACAACUCUGCGCGAUACCCCAAUCUGGAAAAAUGCAGCGUUGAAAUUCACUUCAGGGACAUUAUUGACCUCCCCGGUCCCGAUGCCUACGAAGUUGUCCCCGGCUCUAAGCUUGUCGUCGCGAGGACUGCUUACAAGAACAACAAGAGUGACUAUACCAUCAAUGGGAAGACGGCGUCGUACAAGGAAGUACAGACCCUCCUGAAAAGUCGGGGUAUCGACCUCGACCAUAACAGGUUCUUGAUCCUUCAGGGCGAGGUCGAAUCCAUUGCCCAGAUGAAGCCCAAAGCCCAGACCGAACACGAAGACGGACUUCUCGAAUACCUUGAAGACAUCAUCGGGACUUCUCAAUACAAGGAAAAAAUCGAGACAGCCUUCGCCGAAGUUGAGCAGCUCCAGGAAGAACGACAGGUCAAGAUGAACCGGUUGCGUCUUGUUGAGAAGGAAAAGCAAGCAUUGGAGGACGCGAGGCGAGAGGCCAUUAAUUUCUACAAACUCAAGAACGACCACAUUCGCGCUCAAUCACGACUGCCGAAGAGGCGGAGUUGGCAUGUAUAUUCAACUUAUCUUGUGAACGAUGUAGCUAACCUGAGAAAACGUGUCUCUAGGAAAAAUUGA